AGCUGCCGAUCUCCCUGGCGCGUCCCCAUCGCCCGGCGGGAUGGGCGGCGAGGCGGGGUCCGCGGCGGCCGUGGGCUCCGAGGGCCGCGUGAAGAGCUUGGGUCUGGUGUUCGAGGAUGAGCGCAAGGGCUGCUACUCGAGCGGCGAGACGGUGGCGGGACACGUGCUGCUGGAGGCGGCCGAGCCGGUGGCCCUGCGCGCGCUGCGCCUGGAGGCCCACGGCCGAGCCACUGCCGCCUGGGGCCCGAGCCCUGGCGCCGCAUCCCCGGCCGCCGCCUCGGAGGUGGAGUACUUGAAUGUGCGCCUGAGCCUGCGCGAGCCCCCGGCCGGUGAAGGCAUCCUCUUACUACAGCCUGGAAAACAUGAAUUUCCAUUUAGCUUUCAACUUCCAUCUGAACCUUUAGUCACCUCAUUCACCGGGAAAUACGGAAGCAUUCAGUACUGUGUGAGGGCAGUUUUGGAAAGACCCAAGGUACCUGACCAGAGUGUGAAGCGGGAGCUCCAGGUUGUUAGUCACAUCGAUGUCAACGCACCAGCGUUACUAACCCCUGUAUUGAAAACUCAAGAGAAAAUGGUUGGCUGUUGGUUUUUCACGUCUGGUCCUGUCUCACUGAGUGCCAAAAUUGAAAGAAAAGGAUACUGUAAUGGAGAAGCCAUUCCAAUCUACGCAGAGAUAGAGAAUUGUUCCUCUCGGCUAAUUGUUCCCAAAGCUGCUAUUUUCCAAACCCAGACGUAUUUGGCAAGUGGGAGAACAAAGACCGUCCGGCACAUGGUUGCCAACGUGCGAGGAAACCACAUCGCUUCUGGGGGCACUGACACGUGGAAUGGGAAGACUCUGAAGAUCCCACCUGUUACUCCGUCCAUCCUGGAUUGCUGCAUUAUCCGAGUAGACUAUUCCUUAGCUGUGUAUAUUCACAUUCCUGGUGCUAAAAAAUUGAUGCUCGAGCUGCCCUUAGUGAUUGGCACAAUUCCGUACCACGGUUUUGGCAGCAGAAACUCUAGCAUCGCCAGCCAGUUCAGUGUGGACAUGAGCUGGCUGACGCUGACUCUGCCGGAGCAGCCCGAAGCACCACCAAAUUAUGCAGAUGUGGUGUCCGAGGAGGAAUUCUCUCGACAUGUGCCUCCUUACCCCCAGCCCCCUAACUGUGAGGGAGAAGCAUGCUGUCCCAUGUUCGCUUGCAUACAGGAAUUCCGGUUUCAGCCUCCGCCUCUUUAUUCAGAGGUUGACCCACAUCCACCUGAUGUUGAGGAGACCCAGCCCGUUUCCUUCAUUCUCUGAACAAAUGUCAGAAAUCACUGUGUUCAUCAUCAGAUUCGAGUAUCAGUUCCUUCCCCCACCUUGCCUUUUUGGAAAAGAGGGAGAGAAGAGGAGUGCAAGAACAGAAAUGAACAUCCAGAUCGAAGGUGAUGGAAAUUAAAGAAUAUGUGAACUUCCCAGUGAGCCAACAGGAUCAUUGCACAAGCGGAUGAUACGGUUGUGUGUCCCCUUUAAUGCAGCGAAGCAGAUGUGGAAAGUCAACGUGACAAGAACGUCCCGGAAGUCCUGAUGGUGACUGAGUAAGUGAAGGGUGCCUGCGCUCAAGAGAAGAGACUGUGCGGAGAGUGGAAACGCUACGCAAGGGUCACUUUAAAAAGGUUUCUCCAAGUGGAACAGAAGUUACCCCAACCUUUAAGGAAGUAUAGACUCAUUGGGAGCCUUGAUUUUGAAGGAGGUAGCAGCACAACAGGAAAGGCCUGCCCUAAAGAUGCAUUGUGACGCUGACAUCCAGGGGCUUCGUGGUUUCUUACAGUGUCCCAUAGGACUAAAGUCCCUGGGAGAACCCUUUGAUGAGGUCCUAAUGUGGUGACACAGUUUCACUUUAUAAAUCAGCUCUACAGUAUUAUGAAAUCGAGAAAAGGGUUCCUUGAAAGGCAUGUCAGUUCAGAGGGGAAAUGAAUUUCAGCAUGAGAACACGUUUUGUCGAAGGCUAGACUUUUUACCCCCUUUAAGUACUUUGGUAGGAUAUGUGUUUGAUUUUCUCCAUGUCUUAUUCACCUAGGAUCACAGUAGGAAAAAAAAAAGGGAAAAAAAGGAAGAAAAAAAAAAAGGUUAUGUCCUCAGACUGCCUUGAUAACUACACAGGGAAAAAAGAACAAAAAAAAAAAAAAAAAAAAAAAAACCAAAAAAACCCCAAAAGCCUUUCUUAACCUACCUCUAGUGGGGUUAUCAGAAUCCUUUGAAAACUCCAGGCCUGAUGGGCCUUGUUUGGAGUUUCCGCUAAUCGGCAAUGGCAGUCUCCUCUUCCGAAUCACUGAAUCUGCAGGUGGACCAAGGGAGAGAUCCAUACGGCUAGUGUCAGAUGGAAGUUAAUAUACGUCUACCAAAGGGUAUUUAAAAUUAAAUGCAAAAUCAAAAGAGGGUAGAAAUAACCAUGGUUUUUAAAAAGGACAAACUGAAUUCCUGCCAAGAGCCUGACGCCCGCAGACAGCAGUCCCUGUGCUGUGCGCUCUUACUCCCAUUCCAGUUCCUCGGUAGUUCCAGUUAAACUGUGAUUUUUUUUUUCUUUCUUUAUCAUUUUGGUGCAAUAUUUUAUUAUCAUUUAACCUCAGGAUAUUCCGACCAACAAGAUUGUGUUGCUGCUAGAAGUCUGAGCAGUGUUUUUACCAUCCCCCACGCCCCUUCUGUUCGUGCCAACGUGGCCCCUUACUUCUCCUUUCAUCUGUUGUCGGUUUCCUGAGCUGAGAGUGUUCCUGGACCCUAAGUGGAAUGGAGGGGAGGCGGGAUCCCCACGAUAAUGAUUUUGGACCAGCCGAGUACUUUGGUUUUCUCGAUGUCCUACGGGUUCGACCCAGAAACCCUGGUGCUUCCCAUGCAGAAUGCCAUACUUCAUUCCCCAGAGCGAGUGAUUUUUCUUUCAGUCAGUAUAUUCAGUCCCAAGUAUCAAAGUUCCUCUAGGGUUAAGUUUUGUAUUUAGAAGUUAGCUGGCCAAUCUGAUCAGGGAUUUUUCUACAUGCAUUAGGCAAACGUAUAUUUCUCCCCCUUCUGGACAUACCUCUCUUUGUAAUCACAUAAGCAUCUUAGGCAGUUUUUUCAUCGCAAGCCACUAUUUAAAAUCACAGUGCAAAACUGUACACCAAUAAUUGUGGUACUGAAAUUGUCACAGAACUUUAUUUCCUGGUUUGGUUUUUAAUGCCUUUUUUUUUUUUUUUAAUUUUGCUUUGUUUUUGUGUAUUUUUAAGCAGGUAUGUGUAUUUAAGUGUUAUCUAAGCGGUUUUGUUUUUCCUCUAAAAAAAAAGAUCCUCUUCAAUUGUUUCUUGACUUCUAAGCUGUGCUUUAUAUGCCUUGUCAAGACAUUGUCCAUCUCUGUGAUACCAAAAAUAAAGGGAAAGAAGCAAAGCAGAGCCGUAUGAAGAAAGGAAGUUUAGUUAUUUGACCCCAUGUAGAAAGCCGAGUCGUUGGCUUCCAACGACUCAGUGGAAUCCUUCACUAGGUUUGUUUGAUCACCUGUAACAGAGACAUCAUGAAAUGUGCUCACAAAAUUAAAGCAAAGCUGAUUUUGGAGCACUUAAAAGAGUAGGUAAAAGGUAUGAUUUGCCUUAUCAAAUUGGUAUCAGUAUAUCUGACUUUAAGCAGUAGGUUGAAACUGCAUACCUUUUCUCAUAAUCAAGAAAUUAUUCUAUGAAUGUAGAAAAUUCUACGUUGCAACAGAAUUCUUGGGAAUGAAGAUAAAAAUUUAGCUGCUAUUUGCUUGUUAUUCUGUUUAGUUUGCAAAGAAACUGUGGCCUUAGAUUUUUCUUUUUGAUGCAAAAUUUUUUGAAAUUGAAAAUGUGCAUCUUUUGGCACACAAAAUCCUUCCAUGGGCGGAACUUUAAUUUUUAUGUUUUUGUUUUGCACAAUAAGAAACUCAAUAGGCAGGGGGUUUGUUUUUGAUAAGUUAACUAUGAAAGUUUUUUUAUUUUUAUUAUUAAAAAUGUAACACUUUAACCCACAGGAAAAAAAAAAAUAAAGAUUGUAUUUUGUACUCUGGUUUGAACCCCAUGGGUUCCUUUUGUUAAUAAAAUGACACUAAGGCUGUGA